AUCAACUUGUUUUUGAACUUUUAUUUUAAUAAUGUUAACUUUAUUAUUUUAUACCUUUUAUUUUCGCUUCCUUUAGCUCUGCGGGCUGAAGUGUUUGAGAGAGUUUGAUUGAAGCAUUUGUCAUGUAAAUGCGAGUAGCUUGAUGGACGAGCCUGCAGACUUGACAGAGCGCUGUAGGUCAUCUGCUAUUGGCGUUUAGCGGGUCACGUGGUGUGUCAGGAAGGUGAUAUGAGGGUGGAAGGCAGUUUUACAGCUUUGACAUACUACCUAAGGUCAGGGCACCAGGAGCACCGAUUAAUGACUGUCCGGUCCGGAUCGGGUUAGCUUAAAGACCAGGCCUGGGUUCAGGAUGAACUCAUACUUAGAUUAUCCUGUAUGCAACCAUGGAGCGAACAUUUUCAGUGCCAAGGCCGGAUAUCCCAAUUUAAACCACGGAUAUGUGUCCAACUCGUGUCCAACAGCUGAUAAUUACGCACAGGACGGUCGUUUGGUGGCAACGUCUGCGCCCCAUCACCCACCCAGCCUCCCCCUUCACCACCAAACUCACUUGGAUCUGCAGUUUCCAGCACCAGGAAACCCCGUGUACGGCUCCCCGCUGGAGUUCGGACACCACCAGUAUGGCCUCGCUCCAGACCAGGACCGGAGCUUCAUUCACGCACAGGUUUCUCCAAACAUGGCGCCCUUUCCUGGGGAAGGCUGCGGGCCUGCAGCUGGAGCCAGCUCUCAAUACCUGCAUCCCAGCGGUGAUCAGAGGCAGCAGGAGUUCCCAGAAAACGUUUACGCACGAGUGCCGACUCAGUGCAAAGAGAAGGAGGAAACUUCAAUAACCUUCGACUGGAUGAAAGUGAAGAGGAACCCCCCCAAAACAGCGGUCCAGUCGGAGUUCGGGGUUCCGGGCCAGAUCAACGUCAUCCGCACCAACUUUACCACCAAGCAGCUGACGGAGCUGGAGAAAGAGUUCCACUUCAACAAGUACCUGACGCGCGCGCGGCGGAUAGAGGUCGCGGCCAGCUUGGAUUUAAACGAGACGCAGGUGAAAAUCUGGUUCCAGAACCGCAGGAUGAAACAGAAGAAGCGGGAGAAGCUUUUGGGACACACUUCGGCCUCCGUGGAGAAAGCCCGAUCCGAUUCCUCCCCAAAAGCAAAGGAGAAAAACUGUGAACACUGAUAAGAAUGCGAGCGUGGAGGCCUGAGCGCACGGACGUUGCACCAUUCCAGAACAUUAAAAAAGAGAUAAUAGUUGUGGACUAACAGGGUAUGUUUAAUAUGUUCAACACUGACUUGUGACCUAAAAAAAGUAUUUUUUUGUAAAAUGUUUUCCAUCAUUUCUGCAGAUUUGAGUUUGCACUAUUUAUUUCCAGGAUUUUUCAAGCAAUGAUUUAACUUAAUAAAGUCUUAAGAAAAACUUUU